GCCUGCUUUUUCCGCUUCCGGUCAAAGUGACAAGGUCAUCUUUAUUUUCUAAUAAAGUUAAUUUUUCUUGAUAUUUGUAAACGAUAGCGUCUAGGCACUCUCAAUAAUUCAAGAUGACAAUAAUUGCUAAGUGUGCUUUACGAAAAACUGGUCAAUUCUUAUGCACUAACUUGGGAGUUAACUCAAACCUUAGUCUUGUGUUUGUUCCAUCGGCAUCGGCCUCUUAUAUGAGAGCAACAUACGGCGAGCCGUUUGGGUACCAAAAACCCUUUCCUUAUGAGAAGAAGAAGUUCACUAUGAUGUCUGAAAUUUUUGACAAAACAAUCCAUAGAUUUAAUGAGAAUACAAAAGCAAUAUUGGUCGAAGGUGGACCAGGUGUAGGAAAAACCGACUUUGCACACAAAUUUGCUAAACAAUUUGAUUUAAAAGUGUUUGAUAGUGUACAUGAUGAUUCGUUGUGGAUUGAUCGUCAAUCUGGAUAUGACUUGAGAAUUCUCAAUGAAUUCCUGCCACCAAAGCUAGCUUUCUAUACCACAAAAAUGUUUUAUGAGAAUCCCCAUCCGAAAGAUCAAUUAGGCUGUAAACUACAAUUUCAAAUGUAUGAGGAAAAAUUUCGUCAGUAUUGCGCUGCUCUUCAACACUUACUUAAUACUGGACAAGGAGUUGUCAUAGUUAGAUCGGUUUGGAGUGACAUUGUAUAUGCUGAAGCUAUGAAAGCCAGUGGUUUUAUGUCUGAAGGGGCAAUGAAAUAUUACAAUGAAGUGCGAUUGAAUUCCAUUUGCGAAUUGAUCAAGCCCCACUUGACUAUAUAUUUGGAUACUCCUAUUCAAACAUGGAAGGAUAGAAGUUUUAAAAAAUCUAGAUACGGAGAAAAGAAUAGCCCUGCAUUCAACGACACCUAUCUUUCUAAAUUAGAUUCAAUAUUUAAGACGAAAUUUUUACCGGAAAUGAAAAAACAUGGCGAGGUUUUACAAAUUGAUUGGUCCGAGGAAGCCGACGAUUUGGAAAUGGAUACUGUUAGUUUUAUUCUAUAGGAAUUUAAACAUUUUUUAAUGGAAACUUUAUGAUUUGGUGUUUCUUUUUAAUUAUCCCAUUCUAGAUUGUGCAAGAAGUAAAGACCAUCAACUUGGCUAGCGAUAGUUUGGACGAACAAAAGUUUUUAGAAUGGUUCCGUAAUGAUGAAGACGAUUGGAGUUCCCUUCGCAAAAGCUAUGGAUCGAAAGAUCAAAUAGAUCGAGUGCUAGUUUCUCAUUCUCCGGAUCUUGAUUGCCCAGAGCUUGUACCAACUGAUGAAGAAGUGGAAUUAAUACAGGAAAUAAACGAGCAUCCUAUAUUAAACGACAAGCCUGGGUGGUCUCAAACGCUAGGCUAUAAACCAACUUGGAGGUUGUUCUAAAGAAAGGAAAUUUGUUUUUGUGUACAUACCAUGAACUGACAGAAGACGGUGUAUAUUGUUUUUCUCAUUAUAAUUGAUUAAAUGUGAAUGAAAAUAGAAUAAAUCUCCCUGAACUGUGGCAUCGUCAACAUGAAUUUUGUAUAUUUAUUUAUAGAUGUUUUUAAUCGAGUGCAUUAAAGUUAAAGGAUACAUUUGUUUGUGAGCCAUUUAGAGACAUUUUUCCUUUCAAAUUGUGAAACAAUUUUGCUUUCAAAACAAUUUUUUCUCUUUAAAC